GUAGUACUUAAAAGAUUAGAAAAUGUUGAAAAUGCAAAUCAAAAUUGGAUUGAAGAGGCUAAAUCACAUUUAAAUAUAAGCAAUAAAUGGAGUGAAAUUGUCCAAUGUUUUGGAUUAACACAAGAUCCGUCAAAUGGAAAUUAUAUGCUUGUAAUGAAUAAUUUGGAUUUAGAUUUAAGAAAAUAUUUACAACAAAAUCAUAAUCAACUUACAUGGAAAGAAAGAAUUCAAAUUAUUACUGAUAUAACACUUGCACUUCGAAGAAUUCAUGAAGAAAAUGCAAUUCAUAGAGAUUUGCAUUCUGGAAAUAUAUUAUAUAAUCUUGGUAAUGCAUUCUAUAUUAGUGACCUUGGAUUUUGCGGACCUGCAGAUAAACCAUUAAAAAGUAUAUAUGGGAAUCUUCCUUAUAUAGCACCUGAGGUUAUUAUUGGAAAAGAACAGACUUUUAAAUCUGAUAUUUAUAGUAUUGCAAUGCUUAUGUGGGAAGUUUCAUCAGGACAACCACCAUUUAAUAAUUAUGAACAUGAUUAUGAUCUUGCAAUGAAUAUUGUUAAUGGUAUAAGACCAAAAAUUGUACCAGGAACUCCUUUAGAAUAUAAAAAUUUGAUGAAACAAUGUUGGGAUGCUGAUCCAUCAAAAAGACCUGAUAUUAAAACACUUAAGUAAAUCAAAUGAAUCAUUAACUCAACCAGAAGAAAAUAAUAAUUCUGAAAUAGAAAAUCAUACUAGCAGUAGUAAACUAUUUACAAGUAAACUUCAUCAAUUUGAUAAUCUUCCUGAACCAAAAAAUGCAACAGAAGAAGAACAAGAAGGUAUGAAUUAAAUAAAUUCUUAUAUAAUUUUAAUUUAUAAAAAUUAAUGAUAACAUUGUU